UAGAGAUAAAUGUUAUAUCGUAAUCGUUGGACAAUUACAAUAUACGACGGUAUGCGAAUUAAAAUAGUAAAGAGCUUGGGUCACAUGACCAAUCUUCGCAGAAUCCUAAGUGUCUGUACGCACAUACGUUGCCGAGAAGGCGAUCUUGAACCAAUAAUAGAGUACAAUAUACUCCGCCAUUCGUCUAUUUUUUACUUUCAACGAUCCACCUAUAUAUAUUCGUUCGGGCGAAUAUUUUUCUAAUAACUGCGAAUGCGCAUAUAUGUAUAUGUGCGCGCGCGCGCAUAUUCUUUCUAGUAGGGUAAUUAUUUAACGAUACAAUUUUCAACUUUACGACAUUGGAUGGCAUGAGAAGCAUUUCGAUUCUUUUAUUAAAAGUCGAUGUAAUUCACAAGAGAGCCCCCUUUCCACGAUAUAUCGUACUAAAUUUCACUAUUAUUUUUGUCCAGUGUUACCACGUUCACAUGUUCUAUUCUUCAUUCCUGUCCUUUCGAAAGCCCCACUUUUUGCCUUCCUUGUGACGAUUCUCUGUCAUCUAUACCAGUGUAUGAACGUUUUAUUUGUGUAUUGUUUUAUUUAUGAUCGUCCGAACGAAUUGGUACAAGUCCUACAAGUUUUUCCUUAUUGCUUCAUCUACCGCGAUCAGAAACUAACAGAUAGCGUCUUGUGGAUAUGACGGUCGUGUCGAGUGAAGUAUCCGUUUCGUUGCUAAACGUAUCAUCUAUAUUCUUCGAAUAUGCGAUAGAUAUUUGCGGUCUUUUCGUGUGAUGCAAAUGAGAAUGCAAUUGCUCGUUUAAAAUGGCAAAAGACGAAGGGGAUGACCUUUUGCCAGACAAGGACGCCGCAAAGGGAUUUUAUGCGAAAUACGAGCCUAAAGAGAUUCUUGGAAGAGGGAUAUCGUCGACUGUAAGGAGAUGCAUAGAAAAAGAAACUGGCAUAGAGUACGCGGCUAAAAUUAUAGACAUUAGCAAUGAACCUCAUGAAUCUACGGAGGGACAUACUAUGAAAGAUGCUACUUUACAGGAAGUACAUAUUUUGCGUAGAGUUGCUGGGCACCCUUAUAUUAUCGAGUUACAUGAUGUAUUCGAAUCUAGCACAUUUAUAUUUUUAAUUUUUGAACUUUGCAAAAAUGGAGAACUAUUCGACUACCUCACAUCGGUCGUAACACUGUCCGAAAAGAAAACACGUUAUAUUAUGAGACAAGUAUUUGAAGGAGUUCUGCAUGUACAUAAUCAGGGUAUAGUUCAUAGAGAUUUGAAACCAGAAAACAUAUUACUUGACGAUAGCCUUAAUGUAAAGAUAACAGAUUUUGGCUUUGCAAGGAUGUUAAAAUCUGGAGAUAAAUUAUACGAUUUGUGCGGAACACCUGGAUAUUUAGCACCAGAAGUCUUGAAGUGCAACAUGUUUGAAAAUGCCGAAGGUUAUGGAUUCGAAGUUGACAUAUGGGCUUGUGGAGUGAUUAUGUUUACCUUAUUAGUUGGUUGUCCCCCAUUUUGGCAUCGAAAACAAAUGGUCAUGCUAAGGAAUAUAAUGGAAGGAAAGUAUUCCUUUACAUCACCGGAAUGGGCAGAUAUCACAGAAGCUCCAAAAGAUUUAAUAAGAAAAUUAUUGGUCGUUGAUCCGAAAAAAAGAAUAUCGAUAAAAGAAGCACUGGAACAUUCUUUUUUCCACACAGUGUUGUGGGAUCAAGACAUCGCCCCUCUAAAGCGUUCACUGUCAUCUAACUCACGACGUCUGAGUAGGAUAUCUCAAUUAGCUUUGGAAUUAAAGGCAAAGUCAUUUAAUGCACGAAGAAGAUUUCAGUUAGCGAUUCUUUGCGUACGAGCAGUGAUACGUAUUAAACGUCUUCACAUUACACCCGAACCUCUUUCGACUCAAGUGGCUUGCACCGAUCCUUAUAGAAUAAAGAUCUUACGAAAGAUUAUCGAUGGGUGUGCAUUUAGAGUUUACGGACAUUGGGUUAAAAAAGGAGAAGGACAGAAUCGAGCAGCACUUUUUGAAAAUGCACCAAAGACAGAACUAAAACAUCUUUAUGUUAGCAAUUUGAGUAGAUAACCAAUACUUUGUUGAAACAUUAGUUGCAAUUGGUAUUUUAUUCAGACUUUAGUAAAUUCGUUUUUAUAAUAGAGAAGACAUAAUUAAUAAACAAAGAUAGUCUUUGAUUAUUCUGUUUUCACAACUUGUACGCGGUACGCACGAUGAGAGGAUGCUUUGGAAUUUCUUUUUUCCUUUUUUUUCUUUUUUUUUUUUCACUUGUACUUUCCUGUUCUUUAGUAUUACCUUGUAAUAGAUGGAAAAUAAUUCUACUCUAAAGUACUUCUAAAAAAGUACUCUGGCCCUUCCUCUUCAGGAUUGUGUAAAAUAGAUCGAGAUCCUUCGUCACAGAAUAUUUCAAAAAGAAACAUCCUAAAAGGUGUAGUGGCUUUAAAGUAGAAUGUAAAAAUCAAUUGAUAUACAACACAACGAAUAAUGAAAAUUUUAAAUACAACAAUAUUGUACUGUAUCAUUGGAAGUUCUUAUCAAAAAAGAUCUAUGAAUAAUAUUUAUGUAGCAUCAAAGAGAAUCCAUGUUUUAUUAAAGUAACACUUAUGUCAGUAUUUUUUGCUCUCUUCGUGUUAUAAAUUAAUAAUUGUAUCAUAAGACGGCUUGAUGAAUGAAAGAAAAAUGGACGGGCAAAUAUAAAGACGGCGGACGUACGAUGAUAUUGAAGCCUAUACUCGAGUCAUGAUCAAAUAUUGAAGACAGCUUAAAAAUCAAUAAAAAUAAUUUCAAUGAUUAGAAUGAAAUGAUAUGUAUAUAUAUAUAUAUAUACAUAUAUAUAUAUAUGCACGUUUGAGAUGUAUCAUAAUAGAGUAAACGACAUUAAAGAUUUAUUUUGACUAAACUUAUAAAAGAAUGAGGUAUGUUAUGUAAUAAACAUUAACGCUUCAAGUUUUUAUGGAUGUAUAUAAACAUUUUACAUGGCUUCCAGCAAUUAUCCGACACAUAUCCCAUCGAAAUUCAAAUACUUGCUAUACUUUUCCCAAAAAUUCCUUAUCUACGAAAGCAUGGGUGUUUUUUAUUUUACCUUUGUACGUUCUACGACAUAGACUUUGUCUUAAAGUCCUAGAUGCAAAAAUUCCUGGGUGUACGGUAGAUCCUGGGUAGUCGAGAUUCAUCCAUCGCAGCUAAAAUCCAUUGUUGUGGAAAAGUUUCUAAUUUAUAUGUAGCAAGCCUCAUUGUUGUACUUCAUGUAGCUUACUCAAAGUAAUUGUUUACUCUAUCACGAUGCACACACACACACACACACACACAUAUAUAUAUAUAUAAAAUGAUGCCUAUAGCAAUAUCUAUAUAUACAUAUAUACAUGAAUCUCGUGAUAGCCAAACUAUAUAAUAGGACAUUUUGACGUUUUAUCAACGUCACUGUUACCUCUAUACUUUAGAGAUAAUGCUUGAUUUGUACGUUUCAUUGGAACUUGAUUUUUGUUCUUACAGAUAUAUUAUAAUCAAUUGUAUUUACACAAGUUUGUAAACAAUAAGAAUUGAAUUCUUCAAUUUAUUAAAAAUUUAAGAGUACUUGAACCAUAACGAAAUCUGCUUUACAACGAAAACAUUUAUUUAUCCAUUUCUCCUAUACUUGGCCGAACGAAGAUGACAAAUAAUUGAAUAAAUUAGAUAUAUCCAGUUGUAUGUAAAGGUAAUUGUGUAAAAAUUCUUCUUGAGGAUUGUUUAUGUAAUAAAAGCUAGAUUAAAACCUA